AUGGGCACUCCAGUGGAAAGCCUAUAUUACCAACAAGACCCAUGGCCCGGAAACUUUAACGAGCAUCACUUUUGGCAGCAGAUUACCAAUGAGCCACAAUAUUCACCGGCUUCGUCAAAGGCCUCCUCCAUAAUUCACUCAUGUUUGCGCCUAGCACAUCGAGUACUCACAUGCACUAUUUUUGCCCGCUCUACAGUGGGAAAAAUUUCAAAGGCAAAAUUAUUUUUUCUUUGGUGCAUGACUCGUGAGAACGGUCCACAGCUAGAUUUUGCCUCCUUUUUCUUCACCAAAUGUUACAACCUCACAACUAUGGACAAAGGAGACAUUUUCAUUGGGGGAUUGAUCACCCUUAUUGCAUCUCGGCCACCGGUUCAACUUCAUCUCUCUACUCUUCCAUUCGAAAAAGCUUCCGGCCCCUCUAGCCUUGACGGCCAUGCACUUCGCCAAAUGCAACUCGUCCAGGAUUCGGUCGUUGGUCCCAUGUAG